AUGUAUCUCCAUCAAUAUGACUAUUUGUUUGCCAUUGGCACGAUCUUUGCCUUUCUUGAUGCAUGGAACAUCGGUGCAAAUGAUGUUGCCAAUUCCUUUGCCACGUCCGUCUCGUCCAGGUCAUUGACUUAUCUCCAAGCCAUGUGUAUUGCAUCCGUCAUGGAGUUUGCUGGCAGUAUGGGAGUCGGCGCCCGCGUUGCCGACACCAUCCGGACAAAGAUUGUCGACGUGGAUCAAUUCGCAGACAACCCUGCCUUGCUGAUGCUGGGCAUGGUGUGUGCCGUGGUUGCAUCGUCAUGCUACCUCACUGUUGCUACCAAGCUUGGAUUGCCGGUCUCCACUACCCAUAGCAUUUUGGGCGGCGUGAUUGGCAUGGGGAUAGCAACUCUGGGCUCGGAUGGGAUUCACUGGUGGGGUGGCAACGUCAACUCUGGUGUUGUACAAGUGUUUCUGGCCUGGAUAUUCGCGCCCACCAUUGCUGGUGGCUUCGGUGCAGUGAUAUUCCUCAUCACCAAGUACGGAGUUAUGUUGCGCAAGAACCCAGUCAUGAAAGCUUUCGUGACAAUCCCAGUCUAUUUUGGCAUCACCUCGGCACUUCUCACCAUGCUCAUCGUUUGGAAGGGAGGUUCCUCGCGAAUCACGCUCAGCAACGCGGAAACCGUCGGCGUCAUCAUCGGCGUCGGCGCUGCGGUUACCCUCCUCGUCGCUGUCUUCUUCCUUCCGUGGCUCUAUCGGGUCUUGCUCAAGAAUGACUGGCAACUCAAAUGGUGGCAUAUUCCACUAGGACCAUUACUUUUGCGACGCGGAGAAACACCGCCUAUGCCUGAAGGCUAUAUGGUCGUCCAGGACUAUUACCGCGACCACUUGACCCUGGAGGAGCUCCAAGCCCAACGCGCCUCGGCGAAUGUCAAGACACAAGAUGUCGAGCGCAGCCAUGAACAUCCUUCGGAGAAGCUCAGGGACAGCAACCUGACAGACGACAAGAUUUACCCCGACGGGCCCGGUGUUGGUCACGAUGUGAGUCCUAUCGCUACUACUACUACUGCUGCUGCUGCUGGCCCCCCACCACUCUCCAUCAUCGGCCCUCGCCCCGAAGGAAAGAACUCCAGCCCGGCAGUCCUGUUCUGGCAGCUCAAGCGCGCGCUGUUCCGUGGCGUCGAGCAGGACGUUGUCAGUAUGCAGAAAAAGCGCAACAUUCUGAGCGGCGACCUCGAGGCCGUCCACGCUCACGCCAAACACUACGACAAUCGUGCCGAAUAUUUGUACUCUUUUCUCCAGGCCAUGACUGCGGCCACGGCAUCAUUCACACACGGAGCCAACGACGUUUCAAACGCAAUUGGACCCUACACCACAAUCUAUUAUAUCUGGGCCAAUAACGAGCUCAAAUCGAAAACUCCUGUGCCAUACUGGAUCUUGGCUUUCGGUGGUGCUGCAAUCGUUAUUGGUCUUUGGACCUACGGCUAUAACAUCAUGCGCAACUUGGGCAAUAAGAUCACCCUCCACUCUCCCUCACGAGGUUUCUCCAUGGAACUCGGCUCUGCCAUUACAAUCAUCCUUGCUACUAGACUCAAACUUCCAGUAUCAACCACCCAAUGUAUUACUGGCGCGACCGUUGGUGUAGGACUCUGUUCCGGCACGUGGAGGACCAUAAACUGGCGAAUGGUCGCGUGGAUCUAUUUCGGUUGGUUCAUAACGCUACCAGUGACCGGCAUCAUCUCCGGAUGUCUCAUGGGUAUCAUCAUCAAUGCGCCCAGGUGGGGCGUAGCCUUGUGA